AUGUUGUUUUCUCUUACCCUUUUCCCGCCACUCAAGUCAAGACUGGAGAUGGCGAUGCAAUUCUGGACUCUGGAGUACAUUAGAACAACAGAGAACCCAAGCGGAACUAUACUUGUGGGUGAAACGUCGAAGGAUGAAAUCGCACCUUAUGUUGCUUCCUUUUCUUCCAGAGGAUCAAACCGUCUCAACCCAGAGAUUCUCAAGCCGGAUAUAACUGCCCCCGGUGUUGAUAUACUAGUUGUUUGGUCUCCAGUAUCAUCUACAUCUGGUUCUCCAUUCGACACGAGGGAGGUGAAGUUCGGUGUAAUCUCUGGCACAUCAACGUCUUGCAGUCACACAAGUGCUAUUGCUGCGUAUGUCAAGGCUCUCCAACCGGAUUGGUCCCCUGCCGCCAUCAAAUCUGCAAUUAUGACCACAGCUAAUGUAAUGGAUGUGAAAUGGCUAUGUGCUCAAUUUGGAUUCUAG